GGAGCGGGACUUGGGGAGCCCGGCCGCCGCCAGCGCCAUCAUGAGCUAUUCAGUGACCCUGAUACUGAAAGACCAGAUUCAAUUCAAGGGUCAUUGAUGGCUAAGGAAACAAUAGUUUUAUGUCUGGAAGACUACAACUUUAUGGUUAUGGAAACUGGAAUUCCGGUACAAAUAGAGGUUACGAGGACUAUAGUUAUGGAUAUGGAUACGGUCAGGAUAACUCUGGCAAUUAUGGAUAUGGUAUCUCACCUAGAAACUGACACGAUGCAAGGAGGACAUUAUGGUUCAGGUGAAGACAGGUAUGAUACAUAUGAGUCCUACGACUCAAGGUCUUCACUGAACGACCGUGAUCUGUACAGAUCUGGCUACGAUUACAGUGAGGCUGAACAUGACACCGACAAUACCUAUGAAGGCUAUUAUGACAGCUCGUAUGGGAACCGCAGGGACCAGUACCACAACAGAGCACGUGACAACUUUGGCCACCGGGGUCAGAACUGGGCCAGAGACGGGAGACAUAACAGACCCAUGGCAUCUGCAUAUUCUGGGCGCAUGGGCGGACAGUGGAAUGAGCCGCCAGUGCCAAGGGGAGGACGGGGCCAUGGCCCCAAUAGGCCUCCAUCCCUUUUCUCCCACAAACUAUUCCCUGAGUACAACAUGUUCCAGGGAAUGCGAGGUUUCUCUGGCAACAUGCGCUUUGGAGGCGGCGGCAUGAAACAACGAAUGAGGCGAAACUGGAAAAUGUGGGACGCAGAUUUUAAGAAAAAGAGAAUAAAGAAUGAACCAACAACUAAUAAGAGAAAACAGGCUAACAGUUCUGAUGAACCUGACAGCAAGGCAGCAAAAACUGAUGGAUCGGAUAACUCAGACUCUGAUAAUGAAGAGGGUCCUGAAGGAGAAGCUGCUGAGAAAGGGUCUAAAAAUGAGGGAGAGGGAGAAGGAGGUGAAGAUGAAGAAAGAAAAGGAGACUCUGAGAAAGGAGCUCUGACAAUCCAAGAAGAGAUCAGUCAAAUCAAGCGCAAAUUGCAAGCUGGUAAGAAAACUCAGGAGAGACAAAAAAAACGAUACCGUGAUAGGAUGGUAGAAAGGAUUCAGUUUGUAUGCUCAUUGUGCAAAUAUCGCACUUUCUAUGAGGAUGAGAUGUCCAAUCAUUUGGAUAGCAAAUUUCACAAGGAGCACUUUACGUUUGUUGGUACUAAGCUGCCACAGCAGACAGCUGAAUUCCUGCAGGAAUAUGUUGCUAACAAAACAAAGAAGACGGAAGAACGACGUAAAGCUAUUGACGAUAUUAAUGCAGUUAUACAACAGAUUUAUAAAGACCAAGAUCUUACCCAGGACAUAGGUAUGGAGCAUUUUGUAAAAAAGGUGGAGGCUGCUCACUGUGUUGCUUGUGAUUUAUUCAUCCCAAUGCAGUAUGGUAUUAUUCAGAAACAUCUGAAGUCCAUUGAUCAUAACCACAACCGCAGAGCUAUGAUGGAACAGUCUAAGAAGUCAUCUUUGGUAGUUGCAAAAAGUAUUCUUAACAAUAAGCUUAUUAGCAAGAAACUGGACCGAUAUUUGAAGGGUGAGAAUCCCUUUACAGAUGAUCUUGAAGAGAAGGAGGAACACGAGGAAGGUGAAGCAGGAACAAGUGGAAACAUGGAGGAAGGAACAAUUGAAGAUGAAGGAAAUAAAGCUGAGGAGGAAACAAAAAGUGGUGAUAAUGUAGCUGAGGAAAAUCCAGUUGAAGAAAAUCCAGCUGCAGAAAACAAAGAUGAUGAAGGAGAAGAGCCACCAGGACAAGUGGAAGGGUGGAACACAUCCCAGGAAGCCAUGGCAGAUGAGCAAGAGCAUGAGGAUAAAGACGAAGAAAGAAGAGAAAUCAUACCUUCAGAGGAGAUGGAACCACCUGAUGAAUGAACAUGUAAAGGAGGUUGAAGCAUUUUGAGACUGCAUCAAAACUUUUAAAACCAUAACUGUAUUUGUGACACUACAUGGCACGCGGCUUUUGGUUCUCAUUAACUACACUUCCACCUAGUUACACCACUUAAAAGCCUUUAUCUGUAAAGUGUUUUUGGAAAUAGCUUUUUUAACCAAAUCUUCAUUGUAUUAGCUAGGUUUUGUGCAGUACAAUUUUUAAGUGGCUUUGUACUAGGGAAAACAAUUUGAGUAAAUACUCAAACCAAAUUUUGUUAAUUGGCUUGAACCAUGCUACAAGUUUGGGGGGAUAAAUAUCCUCUGUCCUUCUCCCUUUAACUUUGUAUAUAGUUGAAAAUGUUUUUGUUCUCUAUGUAGCCUUGUCUGGAAAUGUCAGUAGCAGAAUUCUGGGUUUUAAAUUCUGCACGAGUGGAGUAACUUCCACAUCACUGUAGCAGUCUUCUAUCUUUUUACUUUUAAUAUACAAAGGUUAUUCUUGGAAGUCAGCACAAGGUUUUGGAGUGCUCUUAUUUAAUGUGAAUAUCUCCAACAGGUUCAGAUAAAGCUCUAUAUUAGCACUACCUAUGUGUGUGGGUGUCUGAGGGAAGCAAUAUGAUGACAGAUGUCCAGGAAGCCCCAAAGAAGGAUAAAAAUGCGCACAUGCCUUCUUAAAAGGCAAUUCAGCACUGGUCCUUUUGAGCUUUGGGGACAUUAUUGACCCUUAGCUCAGGGUGCUGUUCUGUAAGGGUGACAGUAGCCCAUAUGAAAUCCACCGAUGAAGAGUGUUAAAGAAAUAUUAAAAAUCCUCUUCGGUACAGUUCCUUGCCGUUGUCUUAUUCUAAAACCUCUUACAAUGCAUUCCUGAACAGUACAAUACUGCUUCACUGUUUCGGAAAGAAGAGAGUCCCAGGCAAUAAUGCUGCUGGCUUACUUUUGCUCCACCACUAUCUGUAGAAUGCCUCACAAAGAAAUAGUAGUGCAGCUACCACUGCUCUUGUUCAUGCUCCAUUAAUUCUCCUGUGUUUUUCUUACUGUACAUGCACUCUUCCAGCAGUUUAAGUGAACUGGAAAAGGUUCAUAGACAUAUUUUUCUAAUUAGUUGCUACAUCAGAUAAAAGAGUGGUUGGUGAAAGAAUAAUUGGCUGCUUGAGUGGAGGCUUUGGCACCUGAGCAUCCUUCUGUUGCCUUAAACUUUGGAGCACCGUGGAUUUGGUGUUAGAGAUGUGAAAGAAAAUAAUGUGAACAAAAUGCAAAAUUCAGUGAAUACAGGGGAACACAUAUAUUGAAGGAGGUUUCAGGGUAUAGCUUUCCCUUAAAAAUGUGUAACAAGUCAAGUGUUGAUAACUGUACCCAUGUCUUGUACUCAACGAAACUGUAGAUGUUCCUGACAAUAAAUCUGAUGAAUGUUGGAAGUACUGAAGUUACCUUGAAAAUUACCUUGAAAAUUGUAUCUGUAAUGCACUAGGGGAAAAUAUGUAGUUUGUAAGUAUUACUGCAGUGAGUGGCAAUGACAGAGGCUGCUAAUGCAGAGGUGGCCAACUUACUGUCUUCCAGUCCUAGAUGUUACUCUGGGCUUGCUACUAGUUACAGAAGUUAGGUGUGUUCCACACACCUAGUUUCCCUCUCUGAAAAGGUAGAUGGUGGUAACAUAGAUGGGGUUGUUAUCCAAUGUUAACAGUACCAACUUUUCUUGCAUCCGUCUACAAACUGUCCCAGAUCUCUAGUUAAAAACCAACUUAAUGGUAUUUAUCCUAAGAUUUUCAUGCAAGGUUCCCUCUAAGGUGCACGCCUUUGCGACUCUGCUGCCUCCACAUAGGGCUCCUCCUCCUCCAUGCACCUAGAGUGAUUGUUUUCAGCCCCUUUGGUUCCAGUCAUGACAGAACCCUGUGCGGGGAGGGCAGAACUCUGCCCAACAGGGCUGAAAAUUAGAGGGAACAUUGCAUUCACAUGCUCUUAAAAAUGGCUCAAUAAUCUACUGUGUCUUCCCUUUUCACCAUCUCUCUAUAUUGUAUGUUUUUAUUUGAAAAUAAGUCUUACUGAAUUGAGUGGGACUUACUUCUAGGUAAGUCCAUUUAAGAUAUAUUUGGAUAGGUAUACAUUAUGAGUGUAAAUAUGGGGCCCUGAAACCUCUUGUUUAUCUUGUAACUCUAAAGAAAUGCUAGGGGCAUUUUGGAGGGGGCAGUUGGCAAGGGUAAGAAAUGCUUCCCUAACUUGCUGCUUCCCUCCUACACUCUGGCUCCCCCCCCCCCAUAGCCUCUCUCAUAAUCCAUCUCAUCUUUCUUACCCACCUACCCCAAAGUCAACAAGGAAGCAAAAAGGCAGGGAGGAUUGAUUGAUGAGAGCAAUUGCCUUCCUUUCAUUAUCACAUUACUGUGGUUUAGAAAUCUGAUUAACAGCGUAGCUCAGUUCUACUAUAUCUUUAAAAGACUGAUAUUAUGCAAGGAUACUACAAAGCAAGUUGUUAUUGCAACCAGUGAGGGUUGCUUACAAGUUAUGUAGGCAAGGUAUUGCAGCCUUAAAGUGUGACCUUAUCUAAUGUAUUUAAAGGUAAUAUGAUUCAUGGUCUAAGAUCAGCUUCUUAUGGAAUCACUCUUACAUUAUACACAUAGCUUGAUAAAUAAGCCAUAAUUGGUGCUCAGUAUCCUGAACAAACGUGGGCUUAUUACUUUAGAGCUGAACUUUUCAUCGGAUAAUCUGGGAAUCUGAAAGUACAGAAAAGGCAAAAUACUUUAACCCAGAGUACCACUCCCCUCAUUUCUAAAAUAGCUGUUAGUUUUUUAAAAAAAAGUUAGGGGAAGAUUUAGAUCAUGACUCCCUAGCCAUAUAUAGUUUGACCCUUAAUCAGAGAUGAUUGUGGCAUAUUAUUACUGUUCCUCCUGGUAAGCAGGAGACAGGUAAGGACAGCUAGAUAAACUAGAAGUCUCAGAGAAUGAAGAGUUCUGGUGCUACUCACAUUUUGCAGGUAUAGUCAUGCAGGCAGAACACAGAGAAUAUCUAGUGUGUGUUUAAGGCAGUGGCUAAAGAAACAGUUCUAGACCUACAUAUUUUAUCCAAAGGAGUCUUUUUUAGGACAGAAAAUCCAAGAGCUAGACACUAUACUUGACCUCUGACUGAAAUAGUAUUCAAUAUAAUCUCACUAUAUACAUUUUCCUUAUUCUUCAUUCAUCCAAUGGUUUUCAACAUUCUAAUUGAAUGGAGGAGGAUUCCAUGUUCCGUUCAGGAUAUAAAUUCCAAAAGCAACCAAACAGUAGGUUAAAGACUGUGCCACCUCAUCAUGUAUCUUUAUGAGGGAUAAGUAUCAUAACUCUACCUGAAUUGCACAUUUCUCUUUAUGUUU